CAUUCCUGAUCCCUUGAUGUAAACAUUGGGAGAGCAGGUGCAGACGUUUUCGGCGAGCUUUCCUGCAGCUGAAAAUCUUUUCUGAAUUUGCGUGAUAUGACUGUAAAAGCUAAUGAAGGGUCGAAGAGAGAUCACCCUAAGUCCUACAAUGAUCAUUCUAACAAGAGGUCGGUUGACAACAAGCAGAAUGCAAAAACUAAAAAGGAGAAAACUACGUCGCCGCUCACAAAGGUGGUAGUGCGUCGCCUUCCCCCAGCCAUGACAGAAGAGGAGUUCUUGGAAGUGGUGUCGCCAUUGCCAGACCACGAUUACUUUAUGUUCUCUUUCACGGAUAGCAGCCUUGGAGCUCAUGCGUACAAUAGGGCAUACAUCAACUUCAAGAACGUAGAUGAUGUGUAUACGUUUAGGGAUAGAUUUGAUGGCUAUGUCUUUGUUGAUCAGAAAGGUGAUGAGUAUCCAGCCAUGGUGGAAUUCGCCCCCUUCCAAAAGAUUCCGAAGCGCUCGGGCGGAAAGAAGAAGGAUGCAAGGUGCGGGACUAUAGACGAGGACCCAGAUUUCUUGGCGUUUAUGGAGUCACUCACCAACCCCACGCCGGUAACACUGCCCAAUUUGGAGGCGGUGUUGGAGGAGAUCCAGGCGUACGACAGGGAGUUGAAAUCCAACAACGGUGUCAUGAAAGUGAAGACCCCCUUGCUGGAAUUCAUCGAGCAGAAGAAGGCGGAGAAGCUGCGGAACAAAGAGGAGAAGAAAGAGGAGCGUAGAAGGAAGGAAUUUGAGAGGAAGAAGGCGAGGGAAGAAGAGAAGAGAAAGAAGAAGGAGGGGAAGGAACACCACAGGGAAACGAAGAAGAGGGAGGAUCACAAAGAUUCGAAAGACCACAGAGACGACAGCUGCGUCAAGGUGCUGAGACCAGAAAGAAUAAAGGAUGAACAUGCACCAGAGGGGAAGCAAGAGAAGUCACGCACAGAACGAGAUAAAGAGAGGGCAGAGAGGGAAAAGGAGAAGCAGAGAAGAAGGGACGAAGAUAGACAAAGACAGCGAGAAAGAGAAAGAGAGAAGAGGGACAAGGAGAGGAUGUUGAGAAAAGAGAGAGAAAAAGAAGAAAGAAUAAGGAGGCAGGAAGAAAGAAUGAAAAUGAAAGAAGAAGAAAUGGGCAGGCAUAAAGAAGAGGGGAAGGAGGACUGGACCGAAGACAAGCCGCAUGUAAGCAAGACCGAAGGAACGAGGUCCAAACGCUACAGCGAAGGGAGAAGAAAAGAAGAGAGAGAGAGGGAGAGGAAGUUCAAAGAGCAGAACGACAGGGAGAAGAAAGCAAAAGAUAAUGCCGACGCUGAAGUUAAGAGUCAAGCAGAUGAGAAGGAUGGUAAGAAGGUGGUUGUUGCAACCAAAGCUCAGGAAGAGCAAGGGCAAUCCUCAGAAAAAUGUGAAGAGAAAAAAGUUGGAAAGAUGGUGGAUAAACAAGAGGACGUGGAGCGACAGGUAGAAAAGCAACCACGCAAAAGAAGGGAGAAGGACCCCAGGGUUGAGAGAAGGAUAAGAAAUAAGGAUCGACCAGCCAUGGCACUAUAUAGGCCUGGGCAAUCGCGAUUGAGCUCAGGCCACUCAAGAUCUGAGAAGGAGGAUGGAGGCGACACUUGUUCAUCUAGUCCAAGCCCAGUCAUGCUGCAAGGAGAUUCAAAUGUGUUCUUUGGCCAAGGAAGCAAGGACGAGCCUGAGGAGCCAAGAAUACAAGAGGAUUUGAAUGGGGUGAAGAAUGAGGUCAAUGGGGAGUCAGAUUUGGGUAUUUUGUAGGACUGUAGCGAUCUGCAUUGGUGUAGUAUCCUGUGCAUCACGUAUUGAGUUUAAGGGUUGUCUCUUUUCAGUGUACUUCAAGUAAUUUGUGGUAAUUAGAUAUUUUGGUUCAAGGGUAGCACAAUUCUGUUUUUAAAUCUCAUAUUUGUACAAUUUCUAACUUUAUUGGGGCUUGUCCUGUCUUGGAAUGACUAUUUGAUUAAUUUAUUUCGGGAGAGGGUGGGAAAAUGAGGGAAUCCAGAAUGGGAAAUUGUAGUUAUAGGAAACUGAAUACCAAAGUGGGUCAAGAGACAGUCAAAAUAAGUAUUCAACUACACUCACUUGGAUUGUAUUUACUGUAUAACAGUUGAAGGCAGUAUUUGAUUUGGUGUUGGAAUGUAUUAUGUGUGAAUUGGUAUUCCAUGAAAUAAUCUCAUUAUUAUAGAUGGUAUUUAACAAGGUGUACAAUGGCAUUAAAAAGUGUGAUUUAUUUGUCAGUUGUGGCAGGCUAUUUGUCCAACUGUGAUGUAUUAAAGAGCAUAUAUUGAAAAAGUUACUUUGUAAUAAGUGAUGCAACCUUAAAUGGUUAAUAUUUAUUUUGUUUUAUACUUGACCUUAUUGAUAUUUUUCAUUGCUUGAAUGUACAUCUGCUAGUUCAGAAAGUCUGGGUAUCACCACCCAGGCAUAGCACAGCAACUUUCUAGCUCAAAAAUGCAUUUUCUUCAUGACUUUUGACUUGACUUCAGGAAAUACAUGUUGGUUUGGCAGUAAAGAAAACAAGAUCUUGUAGUUAUUGUGUUAUAACAUAAUUGCCUUUCACACAUUGUAUUGCCAUAGCCAUAGUUGUGAAAACUGAAACCAUUGUCUAAUAUUUUUAACAAGGCAGAUCUUGUCAUGGUUUCUUAGUUGCCAUUGCUUGACACUACUUUAUACGUUUCUCCUUUUGAUGAGGGUGGAACUGAAAAAGGAGCAGAGAAGGAAGAAGAA